AUGCCUUUACCCGAAACAAUACCAAAACGGUAUAAUGGUAUUAUAAAAAUUCAAAAUGAUGCUGACUGGUGUUUGGAUGCUUUAGAGGAGCUUAAUAUGGAAGACAUUCCAGUUCCAGUACCUGUUUCAACACCAGUUUAUCAAAAAUUCGAAGAAAAUAAUCUUAAUAUCAGCCUUUUUGUUCGCAUGGAUAGUUCUCUGAAUUACGAAGUCUUAAGCUAUGAUUUAUAUAGGGGGCCUGACGCUUUGGAAAAAUUCGUUAAUGCCAUAGAAAGAGAACUCUUAGAAAUCCAGAUAGACUUAUCAGCACCUGCUAAAAUAAUCAUGGAACCCGGAGACUACAAGGUAUACAAUGAAGCAACCGAAUGCUGGAUUUGCAAAAAGGCUUUCAAUAAGCCAGCACCAGAAAUUUUACAGCAAUUUGAGGAAGCAAAGCAUCGUUUGCUAGAAUGUGAAGAAUGUGAAAUAUGUAUGAAUAAGGAACACCCCGAAAUGAAAGAUAAGUUAUUGGCAUAUUUACAUCCGACAAGCUUAAGUGCAUCCCAGAGAAUAUUGGGAAAUAUAAGGCUAUGGAUAUCGGUCAAUUUAGAUUUCUAG